GGGUUGGUCACGUGACCACAUAGUGUUCUUUCCCCGCGAAGUAAAAAUGUGGCUUCUAAAAAGUGAAGUGAGAGAAAAGACGGGAAUAUACCGGUGAAAGCGUGUGGGAGUGGGCUAAGUGCACUUCAUUUCACGUGCUCUAGCCUCAAUCUGUAGGUUAAAUCGAUGAAAUGAAGAGAGGAAGGGGAAGGCCGUCUAAGAACCAGGCUCAAAGCUCGAAAACGCCAAAUGUCGCGAGUGCAAUCAACCAACAUGGCGGACAAGGCAUCCCGCGUAUCUCAUCUCCCGCGGGCAUUAAAACUCGAGGUUCCAGUACUACAACACCACGGAAAUACUACGGAAUGGACUCGUCGGAUUCUGAAAGUGACAAUGAUUCAAUUUCUAGCCACGGUUCUUCAAUUUCAAACGCCACAAGCUCGAAAAUCCGUUAUGUCGAGCCCCUGAAAGUGGUCUCACCUCUUAGCUUACCCGCCUCGUCAGAUGAUCUUCUACUCGAGCCAGAGAAUAUUUUGCAAGCUUUGGGGGUUUAUGAGGUUUUGAGGCAUUUUAGCCGGAUUAUACGACUGACCCCUUUUAGGUUCGAAGACUUUUGCGGGGCAAUCCAGAGCCCGGAACAAUCCGCAUUGCUUGCACAAAUACACAUCGCUUUGCUACGCUUUCUGCUAACCGAAGACGAUGCGAGCGGAUUGACAUUUACAGCAAGCGACGAGAAAGACAGCUUCAACAUCCUGACGUACUGUUUGGGCGACUUUACUUGGCCUGAGCUCAUUCGGAGCUACAUCUCGUCGGAUAAAAGCGAAUUCGGUGACAUUGUUUCGGCUGUCAGCGGGAACGACCGCGACAGUCCAUUUCCCUUCACUACGGUCGAGAACAGAUUGAAGGUUUUGCAGCGACUUUGCGAUCAGUUCCUCGCCUCCAAUUCGGUCAGGUACGACAUAAUGAACGAAGGCAUGGUAGAAUCGGAAGAUCACUGUCGAAACUGCUGUAAAAUGGGUGAUUUACUGUGCUGCGAAAACUGUCCUGCAGUGUACCAUCUUCACUGCCUCAAACCUCCGUUGGAAGUGGUUCCUGAUGGCGAUUGGCUGUGUCCCGUAUGCGAGGCCCACCAAAUCAAAGGUGUCACAGAUUGCCUACCUGAUUGGAACAGGGAUGGAUGGCUUAGAAACGCCCCCUUAGGGGUGGAUAGGGAAGGAAGGAAGUACUGGUUUUUGGCCAGGCGUUUGUUUGUGGAAGGCAGCGAUGAGACUUUGUACUUCAGCUGCAAAGCUCAUCUGGAUGAACUGAUCGGUAGUUUGGAAGAUGAUGGCAAGGAGAAGAGAUUGCUGUCUGCAUUAAAGGCAAAGUACAAGACCAUGGUCAAGCACAUGGAAAUAACAGAAGCUCUCACAGAAGCUGCAAGGGGGGAUGUUCUCUCUGGUCUUGCAAAAAGAAGACCAAGACAAAUAAAAGCAAAAGAAGAAGAUGUGAAACCUGAGCCUGUGAAAGAGGAAAAAGAUCAAGGAGAUGAUGUGGAGAUGGAGACAUCAGAGGAACAAUCCACUGCUGUACCUCCAAAAAGAAAAUCUAUUGAUCCAGAGGCAGAUAGUGGUCUACUUCCUUCAUCAAAGCCUAUCCCUGCAUCUGCCAUUCUUACAUUUGUCCCUGAUAAUGAAGUGAAGAAGAUAGUUACAAGGCCACAGGUUGAGAACACCAGUAGUCCAAGUGCAGAGAAACAAAUGGUGCUAAGAGACAGAAGAGCUGCAGGACAAGACAGCCCUUACAGCAGGAAAAAACCUGUUAUGUUACAUGACGAUGUCAAAGAUGGAGAUGUGAAAUCUGUUGAUGGAGCACAACCUACUUCAAGUUUAGAUGCUGCUUUGGUCAAGGAAGAGUCACAUGGCAAAGAUUCUGCUCAAGUGCCUCGAAAAGAAGAAGAAGAAGGCACUACAGAGAUGUGUGCUGUGGAGGAAGCAGGCAAAGAAAGUACAAUUCCAAGUGAGAUCGAAAGUGUGUUAAAAAAAGGUCAGAUUUCCACUGGUGCAUCUACUGAUAGUACUAUCUCAGACAAACUCACUGUAGAAAAUACCUCGUCAAAGAAUGAAACUGAUGAACCUAAGAUUACUGUUAGCCAGAAUGGGAUAAGUGCCCAAGCUAGCAGCAUCAAGACUGAACUGCCUUCAUUAUCAUCAGCCAAUAGCAGCAUGGCUUUGCCAGCCAGUACUGCAUCAGGGGUGAAGGACAGCAAGCCAGUUACUGUUUCCUCCAGUGGCACAGCUAGUCAUCAACAGCCAAGUGCUUUAGAGGCAAGUACUGCAGGAAAUUCAGUUCCUUCAGCAAAAGAUGCUGUAGAAGAACCUGUAUUUAGGCUUGGCUCAGAAGCGAACUACUCUUCCUAUGUCAAUCAGUUUACAAGCAAUCCCUUGGCGCUAACCAAGCAACAGCAGUUGGAACAACGGGAUAAGAAGCGCAGUGUCACUCACAAAUUUAACCUCAAUGAAUUUAAGUGGCACGGAGAAGUUUGUGGAAGUAAGGAAGUCAUCCUGAACACUUUGCGCUUUUCAAUAGUCAGCCUUGAGAAUUCCAUUGCUUCAUCCUUUAUGCAUCCCACUUGGCCAGUUCAACGCUCCACUUGGGUAAAAGCAGUUCACUUGUCCAAGACACCUCAAGAAUUUGCUGCAGCAUUGUCAUUUCUAGAAAGUUCCAUCAGACCAAUCUGCUACCUGUCAGUGUGGAAUGAUGCAGUUGGUCAUGUGGAGUUACAUCGCGUCCUGUCUGAGGCUCGUCAGGUGGGAACCAAGAAGAAGGAUGGUCACAAAGAAGAAGAGGAGGAACCUGAGGUAGAAAGCAAGGGAUUUGUAAAUUACACAUGGAUACCUCACCACCAAGUGUGGAAACAGAAGGGUGAAGAGUACAGGCUGUUUGGUGGAGGGGGAUGGGUCUGGACAAGUGGUCUUCAGCUGCGGAAAAGGAAACACCCUGAGGAUGAAAAGGACAAUUUUGUCAACAAAAAGCAAAAACUUUUGGAUACUACUAAUAAGAUUGUAGCAUUAAAAGAGGCCAAGAGAAAGGAAGUGUUAAAACAAGAAACAGAGCAAGCUGCUAGGUUGGCCGCACAGAGAGCACCUCUUCAAUCUACACCUCAAGCUCAAGCUGUCCAGACCACAACAACCACUGCUGCCUCUGCACCAGUACAGACUUCCGCAACUACCUUAUCAUCUACAACACAAUCUGCAGCUUCUCAGAUGGUCCAAACUACUGCAACAACCACUGCUGUUACUGGCUCAGUACCGACGGCUGUCACUGUUCAAACUACAGCUGCAUCAACCUCGGCAACUUUAACACCAGCAGCAUCCUCUCAGAUGGUUCAAGCCACUGCAACAACCGCUGCUGCGACUGGCCCAACACAAAUCUCUGUUACUGUUCAAACUACAGGGGUAUCGACGUCGGCAGCUUUUACACCAGCAGCAUCUUCUCAGUUGGUACACUCUACUGCAACUACCACUGCUAGUGAUUUCCCAGCACAGACUUCUGUCUUUUCUCAGAGUGCAGCUACUUCAACGGUUACAUCUUCAGCACAAUCACCUGUACAAAAUGUAGCAUUUAGGCAUAAUGCAGCAAACACUUCUACUUCAGUCAUUCCUUGUGCUGUUACUACAGCGACAUCCUCUGGUAUUUCAACAAGUACUUCCUCGACUCACCCAAGCGUUGUGUCACAGAAUGCAAGUCCUGCACCUUCAACCUCGGAGACCACAGGUCACCCAGUUUCAGCAGUACCAUCGACAACGUCAGUAUUGUCAGACCCAGAGGUUCAGACUUCUUCAGGUACAGAUUUAUCCGCUUCAUUGUUAACUGCAUCAAAUUCUUCUGAAACGUUUUCUUCAGCUGAAAAAGAUACCUCUACUUCCUCUAGUUUGGUAUUAAAUACUGACAAUUCUGCAAAUAAAUGCUUAACUCCUCCAUCGUCUUCAGCAACAACAGAUAUUGUAUCUACUACCUCAUCUUUGGCAUUGUCCUCUGUUUCAGCUGCUACAUCUAUCUCCAAGUGUCCAUCUCCUCUUCCAGAUUCUUCAGCAGCAGUUAAAAACGAUAACUCAACUUCCUCCCGUUUAUCAUUAGCUAAUGACUAUUCAGCAACUCCUCCAUCGUCUUCAUUAACAACAGAUAUUGUAUCUAAAACCUCGUCUUCGGCAUUGUCUUCCGUUUCAACUGCAAGCAUGUCCAGAAGUCCAUGUCCUCUUCCACAUUCGUCUGUAAAUUUGCUUCCUUCAAACUCUGCUAGUGUUUCUUUAACUACACAAAAAAUCGAAAAUCACGAUUAUUUGCUUGAACUUGAGAGUAAACCAGACACUUUGAGUAGCGUGGCUCGUGAUACCAUUGGUGAUGACACAAACGCCUUAGGGAGCUCCUACGUGUGCAAAGCAGAUGUUUCUCAGUCAUUAGCCAUUUCUUCUAUGGAGGUUUCCAGUGAUGUUGCGAAGACACCGAUGUCAUCGCUUCUCUCCUGUCAAGAACAUGAAGAUCAAGCAUUCACCUGCUCAGCUUCCCCAAGUCCUUUAACUGGUGCCAGUAUUAAGUCUCAUAGUGAAGUUUGUAAUUCUUCUUUUCCUGAACAAGACUCUUCUGAAUCUACAGUUGCUCAGGAUUCUCUACCUUCUGACCCUUCUAAUCCACAAAAUUCUUCACCUUGCAUCGCUCUUUCUACAGAAGCAAGUCAAGUGAGUGACCUCAAUUCAGACUGUGGUCCGAAAAAUGAAGCUCUUCUAGGUUCUAGUCUGUGUUCGAAUCAAGUCUCACUUGUUGAAGAUGAUGUACCAGAUGAUAUGAAAGAGGAGAAUGGCUCAUCACCCUCGGACUCUCAGCCACAUACAGAAGAGUUGAUGACUGACUUAUCGAAAGAUAAUUCAGAAACAGUUACAAGUACAAAUAAACAUGAAUUGUCUCCAGCCUCGGAUUUUGUAGAACAGGGCCCAGUGCAAGAUAAAUCUUCACCCUUAGAAAUUCAUUCUAUUCCCAGCACCGAAGAACAAAUUUCAGAUCAACAUGAAAGGUUAACAAACUUAUCGGAUGUGUCUAUGGCCAGUAUCGACCGAAGAGACCUAGAUCAUACUAAAGAGAAUGCGGCAGAGUCGAAUGUAACUUCAAGUGAUGUGUAUGUUUUAGAGAGCUCUGCUGUUCAGUCAAAGGAAGAAACCGAGAAGGGAUUUCAGUCUUCGGAGAACAAUUCUUUGGUUUAUACCCAAGACACUCAAGACAAAAUAACUGAUGAGAAAUGUUUUAAUGACACAGUUUUACCUGACAAUCGAAAAGGACAUCCAUCGGUAUUGUCUAAAGAGGUCUCAAGUGUUGGACCAAAGGAAGAAAGCGAGAAGGAAUCUAAAUUUGAGGAGAACAGGUCUGUUGAUAAUUCAGGUAGUAGGGUAAAUAUUUCAGAUGGCGGGGUGUUACCUUCAGAUUCUCUUGUGAAUGAGUGUUUAACAUUGGAGAAUGAUACACAGGAAGACAAAGCAGACGUUGCUGGAGUUGAAGUAUCUGUGGGGACUAAUGAAGAAGACAGCGACGAUUUUGAUCAAACGACUCUUUUGACCGACAGUUCUUUGGGCUCAGGUGGAAAUGGUGACAGCGAUCUUAAGAUGGAGGAUGCCAGUAUUGCUGCAAAUGAUAACUUGAAAAUUGACAAUAACGGCAAAAGCAAGGAACCCAAGAGCGUCGAACAAUCAGACUGUUGCACUUUGGACAUUUCAAGGUCAAAAGACGUAUUUAACCAUGAUGAAGCGGCUUCGUUUAGUGAUGUAAGAGCCAGUGUUUCCCCAACCGCUCCAGAAGUCGAAAGAACAGAAAGUUGCACUGAAACGUCUGUCUCGGUAGCAGCAGAACCUAGUGAAUUUGAAUCUUCUGCUUCACUUGAGGGUGAUAGCCACGGCAACUUUGCAAAUGCGAUUUCUGAUGAAGCGGCUUCGUUUAGUGAUGUAAGAGCCAGUGUUUCCGCAACCGCUCCAGAAGUCGAAAGAACAGAAAGUUGCACUGAAACGUCUGUCUCGGUAGCAGCAGAACCUAGUGAAUUUGAAUCUUCUGCUUCACUUGAGGGUGAUAGCCACGGUAACUUUGCAAAUGCGAUUUCUGACGACAGCCACGAAAAUGAAACAAAUACUGCAGACAUCACAAUGAACGAUGGUCGUAAAGACGUUGCUGAUAAAGAGAGCAGUGAUGGAGGUGAGAGCAGUGAAAUGGCCAAUCAACUUAGUUCUGAAGCUAAAGUUUGUCAGUUAGUUGACGGUGUAGAAGUGACUGAGUUCAGUAACUCUGAUGAAUGCCCCAGUUCUACGAAGCCUGCCUCGUCUGCUUCUGAAAAGAGCCCAAAUCCUGCUAAGGAACCCAUGGAUAUUGAUGUAAUCACAGUGUCACCUAAUCAAAGCCUGGCUGGAGUGACGUCUCCUCCGAAAUGUACUCAUCUUCUGACAGAGCAGCCCAUGGAUGUUGAUGUCACUGCAGUGUCGAGUGAUGUCUUGAAUGCAGAAUCUUGUUCCCAAACAGCAGUGUCAACAGAAAAGACAACUACGUCUGUUGCAUCAACUAGCGUGCCAGUUCCAUUAUUAGAAGAAACAGAAACCAAGACAAGUAACGAGAACUUGCAAGACAUUGCCAUGUCCCAAUCUUGUUUAGCACCAACGCUGUCUUCUGUUUCUACAGGCUCUGCAGGUGGAAUGGCCACAACUAACACUGCAAACGUUCUUGUAACGAAAACUGCAAUCUCAGUCAGCAGUACUUUGCCGUCUGCAACAACCGCUGCUUUGUCAACAGCAUCUCCAUCUCAAUCAGCAACACAACCAUCCGGUCUGGUGAAGAGUGCUGUGACAACAGUCAGCCAGUCUUCAUCCUCGACCGCUUCUUCUGCGGCGGCCAUAACUUUGCCAGCUACAGUUACUGUCAAAACAGCAGCCUUAAUAGGUUCACAGCCCGUAGUGUCGGCUGUGCCAUCUUCUGCAACUUUGGCAAUCCCUCGAGUAGCUGUAGCAGGUUUGCGAGGGAGGGCAAUAGGAGGAUCUCCGGUGGCUCCUUUAGGGCAUACGUUAUUAGCCAAAGGUGGUGGAUCACCUGCAGCAUUGACUGCAGCUGCCACUAGAGGCAUUGCUCCACAGAAAAUAGGGCUCGCCACUCGACCUCAAGGCCAAACUACCCAGUAUGUACCAAUAGGCCCCAAGCCGAUCUUUCCUUCUCCAAGGACACCCGCUCCAAGCACAGGUGUACAGGGAUCGAAUAUAGUAAGAAUCGGUACUCAGCCUGCAGCAUCAGGCCAGUCCGGCGUAGCUCCAGUGAACAGUAUAGCGGCUUUGGUUGCGAGCAUUCCCACGUCUGGUACAACCAUUGGACCAUCACAGCUCAUUCGUCUCGUCACCCCAGAUGGUAGGACUUUAACACUGCAGGGUUCACAGCUGGCUGCUCUUGCCCAGCAGGCGGCAUCCCCACUAGGUCUGAGUGCCCCUAAGACGAUAACACUGCAGGUGUCAGCCACAGCCUCGCAGCAAAAUCCGGGAACCUCUGUCCAGAAAACGGUCGGCAUCAAAACACCAGGUGCUACCAUUACUGUGCAGAGACCACCACAACAAGUUGCACAGGCCAAGCCUCAAGUUGUCAUCAAACCCAAAGUGGAAACGAGACCACUUAAGGAAGAAAAGUUUCCAUCUCUAGAACCAGUCAUCAAAGAUCCUCGUGCGCUGUUGAAUCGAAGACUUGCUAAGUGGCCGUUGCGUCACUCCGUGAAAAGUGUGUUUGCGCUUCCAAAGCACGAACGUAGAAAACUGGGGAGGAAAGCUGGACUGAAGGAAGUCAGUGGAUACACAUAUGCGUCUCGUGCGGUAGGUGUUAACUGGCCUGCAGGAAUACCUCGUCCUUCGUUCAAAGUAGCCUGGCGUUUUCGCACUCAGAGCCUGAAGACGCUCGCCGGUGCAGGACUUCAACUGAGAAUUCUUCAGUCUUGUUUAAAAUGGGAGGAAAUGAACGUGAGGCCACCGCGCGGAAACAGCAAUACUGUGUACACGAGCUCAGGCACAACAACAACAGAAAUAACAGACAGGAAAUUUGUUUCCCUGGAUGGACUCCGAUGUAAAUACCUCGUACGUAAAAUAAUACGCACGCUUAGCAAACCUGUGGUAGAACCGCCUCGACCGACACCCACGAAGAGCAAGAGAGGUCGGACACUGAGACCUAAGAUUGUUCUACAACCUGAUGACGAGGACGAAACACAGGUGCCUUCUGGGCCACGUAUUUUGGAAGCCUGGUACCCAGAGGCAAAGCUUGAGCUCUGGGAGAUACGCCAGUAUCACGAGCGAAUUGAACGCGAGAGGGCCCUGGAACGAGAAAAGAAGGAACAAGCAGAAGCCAUGCGCCGGGCAGCGGAACUACGCGCCGCCGCACUUCAGCGGAAACAGCAAGAACAGCAGGCGCGACAACAGCAGCAAAAUCUUCUGAAGAUGAACAAGAAAAAAGUUCAGAAUGCUAUUAAGACUCAGCAAAGGAAGGGAGUUGUUUUCAAAACCACUGUCAAUACACCCGUUACUUACAAACCAACUGUCACUGCACCGGUGCCCCUAGGGGCCUUACGCCGGACGCUACCUGUCGUGCGUCCGGCAGUUCCUGCUAAGCCUCUAGGGAUUCAACCCGUGGGGUCGACACCGCAGAUGAGAACGCAGAUUGUACCACGGACCACAGUGACUAGCGCAUCCACCUCAACGCCGUAUGUGCAGCGGUUACAGCCGAAACCACAGGUCACCCAACGUGCUUAUACACCUUCAGUGCCAACUCAGAUUUCACGUGCUAAUACUUCUGCUGCUGUACCAGGCGCGUAUACCGCUAACACAGUCGCUCGCCUUGCCCCAGUGACAGCCACACCGAAAACAGUUCCAGUCCGAGCCAAUCCCAUGUCGACAUCCCGGAUGAAACACUCGUCUAAAGAACAAGUCAAACAGCAGGCAGUCAAGGCAAAAUCUCGCAAGGGGGGUGGGAGCGUACCCGUGCUACAUAACAAGAAGUACAUGACCAUAGAGUCAAGACAGGAUUUGAACAGGCUUGCCAUAUGUAGGAAGGUCCUUGAUGGUAUUCUUGAUAAAAUUGACCGCAGUGAAGACACUGAACGCAAAAAGGAAGAGAAAAAACGUCUCAAGGAGGAAAACCUGGCUCUCCGACUAGAACGCCAGAAGGCCAACAAACUAAGCGCUUUAUUACAAAAGCGAAAGGAGGCACUGAAAAGGGAACUGAUGAAGAAAAGGGACCUUCUCGAGAGAGAUCUUAUAUUGGAACUUCAGCAGAGCGGUAAGAACAAACGAAAGCACACGAGUUCAGAGAGAAGGCCCUCCCAGAGUACGCCAGAAGGGCCCAACGCCAAGAAGAAGAAAGUUGACGAAGAACGUUUGUUUUGUGUGUGCAAGAAGCCUUAUGAUCCAACUCAAUUUUACAUCGGCUGUGACAUGUGCGCCAACUGGUUCCAUGGAGCUUGUGUUCAGGUCUCUCAAGAAGACGCGCAAAGUAUGGACGAGUGGACCUGUGCCGAGUGUACCCAGGCUCGCCGCGGAGUUGAAGAGGAGGAACUGUACUGUCUGUGUCGUCAGCCGUACGAUGAGAGAAAGUUCUACAUCGGCUGUGACAAGUGUCAGGACUGGUUUCAUGGCGCAUGCGUUGGCAUCACUGCCGCUGAGGCAGAUAGUAUAGACUUCUACACCUGCCCGCGAUGCACACAGUCCCAGGCCCAAGUGAGCAAGCUGGCGCUGACCAGCAAGGACUGUGACUCACUUAAAAGACUGCUUCGCUCACUGCAGAGCCACAAGAUGGCAUGGCCGUUUCUUGAGCCCGUGAAUGCAGAUGAAGUACCUGAGUAUUAUGACGUCAUCACUGACCCUAUCGACCUUUCCACAAUAGAGGAGCGUUUGAAUUCCAAGUCUUACUCGUCACUGGAGUCCUUUGUCAGCGACAUUACAAAGGUUUUCGACAACUGCCGCUUCUUCAACCAGCGCGACUCGCCCUAUUACCGCUGUGCUGAGGUGUUGGAAAGCUUUUUUGUGCAAAAACUACGUGCUUGGAAAAGCAGAAAAUAAAUGAACUACACUCGUCUUUUGUAAUAUCCGAACAAAGCCAGUGAAGACCAUUUUGAGAACGCUUUUUAGCCACUACGUUAUGUAAAUCUUGAGACACGAGGCUUGUCACGUCACUUUUGAUUGGUUGUAGUGAAAACUUAUCCCGUGAUUCCAAACGUCCAGUCGUUACAUCGAGUUUGAAACAUUACAGUGAUAAAACUGCUGUCAACCUUAAGGCUCAUGCGUAAGCUACAAUGUUAAUCAUUCAAUUUCAUUGUUUAUAAAUAAUCGGAAGUGUGCAAAAUGACCCUUGCGGGAAAUUUGCCUUUGAAAAUUUCACGGUCAGUCGCGAAAACCUGACGAUAUAGGUGAGAUUCAUUAGAAUUCCUUUCGUAUGUUCCGACUCCAUGCAAACAGUACAUUUUCACUUUCCAAUCAACAAAUGUAUUUCAGAAAUCACAGACUAUAAUUUGGUGAAAGCGUAGUUAUAGCCUUUGAGAAGCUACACGGCUGCACGAUGGCUAGUAGAAUGACUGGUGUCGAAAUUAUACGGAAGAUGUAAACGGAUUUAGACAGAAAAUGGCGAAUUGAAAAGUAAACAUCGAAUUUGUUAUUCAAGCUGAACUGUUUAUUCUGGACCAGACGAACGAGUUAUGUACUCGCAUCUGAUUGGUUUAUAAACAAUGGAAUUGGGUGGGGCAAUGUAACAGCUUGCGCAUGCGCCGAACCGCGAAACUAUCCCUUUAAGACAUUUGUCUAGCGUGACAGAUUCCGACUAGUGCAAAACUAGUUCGUGAGUAUGGACAGAAAGAGUGGCAAUAAAGCAUCACUGAUAUGCGUCUUGAUAA